UGAAUGUGUCAUGGCCCCAUCUGCAGGCAGGAGAUUGGGGCUCUCCUCCCUCCCUGGCUGAUAAAAGCAGAGCUGGGACCGAGCGGAGCUGGUGCCAAAGAGAGGGGAAACCCCAAGAAGAGGGAGAAAUCCAGGUGGGAAAGCAGCCGGAGGAGCCUCAAAGCAACACAAAAGGUUCGAAUGGGGCAAUUCCCAGCACUGCGGCUUCAUUUUGGGGUGGGAAAGGGGAUUUUGAACACUCUCCCAUCCCAUCCGUGAGGGACGGGAGCGGGUUUAUCCUUGCUUUGCCCUCAGGAUCUUUGCUUUGGAUUUAAAGGUGUUUUCCAGCGGUUGGUUGUGGUUUUUCUUUCCUCCCUGUCUACCCAUAACCAACCAAAUGGGGACAUUUGGGUGCGAACCAGCAAAUCUCCUGCUUUUAUCUUCGUUGAAGGGUGUUUUCCCACCAUUUCACCACUGCUGCUCAUCCACUCGCUGCUCUUCCUAGGGAAAACACAUGGGAACCAGUUUAGUUUGGAGCUCUGCAUGGUUUAUCCAACCACUUGGGGGCUCCAUUACUCUUCAUGGCCCUCACGCCCGCCCUUAUCUCCCUUGUGCACAUUGAUAAACCACCAGGGAAUUAACGGAUUUAAUCCACCUCUGGCUCUUCCCAUAGAUGAGCAAAGCUCCCUUGCAACCACGGGGUAAAAACUGAUUGUUUCCUUCAGGCAUUUUGAUUAAACGCAGUGUCUCAACCCGUUUUUCUGACACAAAAAGGCUGAGCCGGGCCCAUCCACAGGACCAUAACCGAGUUCUGCUCUCUCUUGGAAGGGAGGACGUGGAGGGAGCGAUGUCGUUCCUCCUCAAGCCACGGCCACGCAUGUGGGAUCUCGCCCUGGACUAUCACACAGCAAAGCAGUUUGAAGUGGACGUGACCCUGGACCCGGCCACUGCUGGCCCUGAAGUGAUCCUGUCCGAGGACCUCAAGGAGGCCUCCUGGGGUAGGCCUGGCCUCCCCUGGCCGGACGCCCCGGGCCGCUUCGACACCGACCCCUGCCUGCUGGGCAAGGAGGGCUUCACCUCAGGCCGCCACUACUGGGAGCUGGAGGCCACGGGGCGGUUCUGGGCCGUGGGGGUGGCCCUGGAGUCGGUGCAGAGGAAGGGCCGGGUCCUCUUCAAGCCCAGCGCCCACAUCUGGGGGCUGCAGAGGUACGAUGAGCUCUGCGUGGCUCUCACGGCCCCGUCCAACACCUCCGUCCCGCUGGGCAAUGGGGGCAUCGGGGUCUACCUGGACUACGAGGUGGGAGAAGUCUCCUUCUAUGCCGUGGGCAGCCGCCAGCGCAUCUUCACCUUCCCCGUGGGCUCCUUCAGUGGGGAGAGGGUGUUCCCCUACUUCUGCGUGCUCCUCUCCACCAUCAGACUCUCUGCCAAGGGGUCAAUCGCUGCUGGGGCUGGUUCGUGAUGGCUGGAAAUGCUCCCUGAUGCUCCUCAGCUCUUACAUUCCAGGUCUUGGAGUUGUUUCCAUUACAGCUCGUGGUCCUACCUCCAUAUAAUGCAUUCCAGGUUCUAUAUAACUGGGUUACAUCAGGGGGUUUUGGGUGCAGCUCAUCCCCUCUGAAAGCCACCACCAUUAAAUCCAUCCCAAGCUCCCUCAUGGAGCUUCCCCGAGCUUCUUUCGAGCUGAAAACUUGGGUUUUCCACCCCAAUUCAGCCCCUCCAAAGGUUUCUUUUCAUGCCCCCCUGGCCCAGCUCCCAACCUGAAUGACACCCCCCCCCCCCCCAAUUUCUGCAGCUUUGAGCUCAUACCUUGGGUUAAAGGGGGUUUUGUCAGCACAGGAUGGGCUCCUGCUCACUUCCCCCCUGCCUUGUGCUGCUCCCCACUCUGAGGCUGUCUUGUGUGUGAUGGGUUAUAAAUGUGCUCACAAUAGAAUAAAUACAUUUUGUUUCACUAUAA